ACAGCCUUGUUACUGCCAUUGUAGACGGCCCUUAACACAGACUCGCUGAUCAUCGACGCAUCGCCAAAGAAUCAAAGUUGUGGGAAUCGCUUUAGGCGUAGCUGCCUACGCUAAAACUGUUCGAAUGCACAAACUGCCACAAAUUUAUGGACGCAGGAGGAACCUGUCGGCAUGCAAAAGAACAAACCCAGGAACGUCACGAACGUCGCGGUAAACAACAGUCCACCGCCUGGUGACGAGGCGGAAUUAAAUAGAAGCAGCAGCUUCGAAUUUAGUAAUCUCACAGUACCAGAUAACAUUGGAAGGUCUCCUUUGAUCGUUCCAAAGAAAGCUUGCCCCCUUGAAUUGAAUACGAUCUCUUCCCAAAAUAACAAGAGUACUGCCUUGUCCGGAUCGUCAAUAAUCAGCGGAUGCAAGGAGAAGCGCAAACACAGCAAAAUUUCCGAGUUGAUUACCAACGAACAAAAGCAGAUCAUAGAGAUCUACUAUCUAGUAGACAUGGACAUUAUGAACAAGUACGCAAAGAAGGUGCGGAGUAACAUAACGAUGCGAGAUAAAAACAAUAUCGAGUGCAAUCUUUGUGCUGCAAAAUAUUCUAGAUUGGAUAAAUGUCAGUUGGAAAUAUUGAGAUAGACAUUCCAAUGCAUUAUCUAGUCUAAGCGUUCAAGGCUAAGCAUCUGAGGUGGCGGAGUCCGUUUAAAGCCAUCUGCAUAUAAUUCUUAGAACCGAAUAUCGAGUUGCAAACUGACAAUUCUGGCAUCA